AACACAUUCGAAGCGGCCGGCGAUCCGCGACCAAGGACAGGCGAAGCAUGAUGCCUCGGAGGCGCCAGAAGUCGGCCUUCUUUCCCGACACCGAAGAUGAGGACACGAGCUGCGCAGAAGCAGCCCCGCGCGUGCCCCCGAUGAACACAUCCUUCCGCAUGGCUCCACAAGGGCGAGCUGUGCUAUCUCGCCAUGCGCCCAAAAGCCCAAAGGGCCGCCGUCCGUCAACGUCGCUCUCGCCAACGCCAGCGUCGUUCAACAGCGGCGCGUAUCUGGGCACCAUCGAGUUCCCGUCGACACGCUCCGUCCUGUGGGACCGUCGGUCGCUGGGGGCCGCCCAAGUGAUCCACCCUGAGGAAGCCAUGGUGCCCAAGAUCACGCUCACCGCUUCCGUCCUCGGACAGAUUCACGAAGCGGUGCUUCGGCGCUCGUCGGGACCCCAACUCCUUGGACAUGUGCUCUACAGCCAAGCUAUGUCGUCCCAGAACUGGGCGGUUCAUGGGACUGCAUUCAGCGUCAACACGGACCCUCGCAACCUCUCGCGGCCGCCGUCGUCCUACCCGGUCUUUGUCGUGCUCAAGGACGUGCGCGAAUUGGGCUCGCUGUCGUCCUAUGACGCCAUGGUCCAUGGCACAACGUACACGCUUCAGCAUGGCGGGCCACUCGACGUCGCCCUCUCGAUGCGCUUGGUGGUCUCACUCUUUAUGCCCACGCAGCUCAACUUGACGAUGGAGCUUAUGGCGCCGACGGCCGAGGUCCAUCUGUUGCCAAUCCGCAACCUUCCGCUGCUCCUCACGCCGCUCGCCAAGGCGCUCAUGAAGCUCCAGUCAACGCACGAGAGUGGCCUCGUCACGCUCGAUAAGACGCGCAAGAUGGUGCCGCUGCUGCCGACGGAUCCCCUCGCCACGUCGCGGCCGCUCGUAGGUCUCUGGCUCCAGGCGUCGUCGGCCACGUCCAUGUACUAUCAGAGCCUAUUAUACCACACCAUGUCGGUAGCUGGGCGCGAACAGCUCUGGGUUGCGCCGCGGACGUGCUUGGUUGUCAAGUACCCCACCGAGGCCAAGCAGUGGCUACCCGAGUUCUUCGAGAUGACGCUCGGCACAGAGGAGACGAGUCCCGCGACCAUAGCUCUCUUUACGACCACACGACGGGUGACGGUGGGUCGAUCGGCAAACGUUGACGUCGUCGAGCUCUAUCUGCAGCAGUCGCACCAACCGGUGCCAACGGCCCCCGUCCCGGCUGCGUCCCCUGUCGUGCACGAGCCCGAGCCAGCCCCACAUGCAGAUGAUAGCAUGUCCUACGACGAGCUGCCGACGCCAAUGCCGCGCCUUCCGCCAACCAAUCCCGUCGCCAAACCCGACUUUCGACCGCUGUCACCACGACCCGCGCCGCCGGCCCAGGCGGUCGAACGUGCGUCCUCGGAUCAUCUGCUUCGGGAGCACCAGGAACAGAUGCAAGCGAUGCAGCGGCAGAUCCAAAUGCUCCAGGACCAGCUACAAGCCGUACAACGCUUGUACAAGAACGCGGCGACACCCAAAGAGACCCAGUCGGUGGGCACCAACACGAGCUUCAUUGUCGCCAGUCCUCCUUCUCUUGCUGUCAGUGGGAUCGACUCUCUGCCUCUUGACAUUGCGCCAUCGUCACCCAACGAGACCACCGGUAGCGAGCCUACCAAGCUCGACCGAGAUCCAUCGACAGUUGGAGGUGAUGACGACGGGGACGCAGCUCCUCUUGAAGACGCACCCACGGACGAAGACACGGCACUCGCCGUCCAUAUUGAUGACAACGCGCCGAUCGUGCUGGAAGACGGAGACACGCCGGAUGUCGUGGAAGUGCGUCAGAGCGCACCAACUCAACACGAUGCUCCUCGGGUGGACGAUGCGAACGAUGAAUACGUGCCUCUGUCCGACGACGACGAGCCAAGCAGCGGUAUCCAGUACGUCGUGGAGCCCGAAGAGAUUGACGAUUAUUUAUCCGAGCCGUCGUCCGUGACGUACCCGCUCCUGCGCACGCAGUUUGACUCGGCGACGCUCGGGCCACCGGCGAUGCCAAUGUCGACGCUGCUAGAGACCAUGGACAUUCCGCGCAUUCGGUACCGUCUCAGCUGCGACGACGACUCGGAAGAGGACGAGGUCGAAGUGCGCGCGAUCGAAGCCAAGUACCUCAAGCGCAUGGUCAAGUCGUCCUAGUCCUCCAUGUCAUCACCAUAGCAAAUCUAAUACCAUGUCAUGUACAAGUCGUC